AUGAUUCAAAUUCCUAUAACGCACAAAAUAAACCAUCUCUUCAAUAUUCUUCAACCUCAAACCUCUUCCCUAGUUCUCAAUAUCGGCCAACUAUGCUUUCUUUUUCUCGCUCUACUCGCCACCUUUCACUCCAUUUUCAUCCUCAAAUUCCGCAAAAAAACUCCUUCUAUCUCUCCUCUCAUAGCCGAGUAUGAUGAUUACACCGAUGACGAAGAUGAAACAUGUUCGAUAUCGUCCGCAUCAUCGGAGUCUGAAGACGACGAAGAAGAGAUAGAAGAAGAAAAUAGAACCGGCGAGUAUUUCCGAUUUAGAGGUGAUGACGGUGACGGUGGAUUUCUAAGUAGUUGUCGUAGCAUCGGUGAUAUGUUCUCGCUUUCGGAGAUUACGAAUAGUAAAAGCGUUGUGAAACUUUGGGAUACCAUAGGGUUAGGGUUAGGAUUUGGGUUAGAAGAUUCUGAUUGUAAUUACGACGGAAGUAUCGUUGCGGUUUACGGCACUGACGAGAAGUUGAGAGCGUCGUCGGAGGUUUGGGACACGAGGGUCCGGCGUAGGAUACCGGCGGUGAUCGGGGAAUGGGCGCCUGGUAUCGGAAAGACAGUUGGAAUUGUUUCCGGUGGUGGGCAGAAGAUUUACGUGAGAGAUGACGGACGUUGUAAGUUGACGGUUGGUGAUACGAGGAAUGUGAUCUCGCCGUUAGGAUAUGUAACGGAAUCACAACUGGAUUUGUGGUGGCCGAAUUCCUACAUGCUUAAAAUUUGA